AUGCAAGGAAGAAAAAAAAAUUGUACAAACAGUAAUUUUCAACAUCAUCAAUUCUUACAGAAUACCUUGGCAAUUUUGGAUAAGUUGGACAUUGACAGCGAAAAGCCUUCAGAGGAGGAAAUCGCCAGGCUUUUUGGAUAUGAAGAGGCUUACCUGGCUGGAGAGCUGGGUGUGUGGCAAAGACUCAAGCCCAAAGUGUGGGCGUUGUUUGAUGAACCUUCGAGUUCACCACCUGCGAAGGUUGGUGGAGUCACUUCUACCAAUGUUUUGAACUGA